CGACUCGUGAUUCUUUCAUCACUGGCAUCUUGUCGAGGACAAAAGCGACGCACCUGCGAGCUGGAUGAAGACGGACAUGUACAUUUAUUUAUUCUAAUCAUGCUGAUCUGUGACUUGAUAAGGAUUACGACAGUGAUUAUUUUCUCGCUCGGGAAGUAAACAAAAGGGAUUUGAAUAGACUAUUUAUCACGAAUAUGAUGCUCUGCGCUCUCCUCCAUCACCAGCUGGGCUUUUUGUUUUUCUUCCUCGUCAGCGCAGUAGUAACUCGCUCGUCUCAAAUUUCCGACCUUAAGACCAAGCUGUCCGGUGUGGAGGAGCUGCUGGAGGAGUUCCGUAAGCAGCUGCAGCAGGAUGACUCGUAUCAGGGCGCUGAGGACACCAGUGAUGAGUGUGUGAGUGACUUUGACGCGGCGGAGGAGCGCAUCAUCCGCGCCAUGGCCUCCAUCGAGCGCGGCGCCACCUUCCUGUCGGCACCGGGCCGCGUUUACAGCCGCCGUGACUGUGUGCGUGCCUGCUGUGCCGAACCGCGCUGUACCACGUCCAUCGUCCAAGAGCAGCCGCAGCAGCCGGACAGCGGCGCCGGUUUGCGCUGCUACUUGUUCAACUGCACGUACGGCGGCGUAAACGUCUGCGCCUUCUCGUUUCAGCGGGGCUUCAGUACGUUCAGCCGUGUAGCGCGCAACGCCAGCGCGCCCAGAGAGCGUCACCGGAGGCCUGUGGAGGAAGAUGAAGAUGGUGACUCGUCGAUGCGAGAGCUGGACGAACCCCCACGCAGCGAUGCUGGAAUGGACGUGGUGAUCCAGCUGCCUACAGACUGGGCCAUACUGGAUGGAAGGGACAGCAUGGAUGACCACGGGGUUGUACGUUACGAGUGGGCUCUCGUUAAAGGAGAUCCAUCAGUUAGCAUGAAGGUUACCCACCCGGGUCUGCUGAAGCUGAGUGGGCUCAGAGAAGGCGUCUACACUUUCCAGAUGACUGUCACAGAUACCAUAGGGCAGAGGAGUUCAGAUAAUGUCUCCGUCACUGUGCUGGCACCCAAACACCACGCAGAAGUAUGUACUCAUCAUUGCUCACAUUACCAGUUCAUGUGUGAUGACGGCUGCUGUAUCGACAUUAGCUAUGCCUGUGAUGGCAAACAGCACUGUCCUGAUCGGUCGGAUGAAGACUUUUGCCGCAACUUCGACGGAGGCCGCAAGACGGUGACUCACACAGCCAGCGAUCCGGCUCAGAACGGAGGAGCCAGAGAAGCAGAGGGCCGAGCUAUGAUUCCUUCAACACCAGACAAUCCUGAAACCCCCACAGAGCCCAAACAGCAAAAACAACCUACAGUUGAUCAAGAUCCCUGCACGAUGCCCCCUGUGGUCGGUCCAUGUAAAGGGGUUUUCCCACGCUGGUAUUAUGACCCCACAGCUGGAGAGUGUAAACACUUCUUGUACAGCGGCUGCAAAGGGAAUCACAACAACUUUUUGCAGCAGGCUGACUGUGCAAACGAGUGCAUCCAUAAACCCGUUCCAGGUGAUCGGCAGGCCACUGCAGCACCUCUUCCCACCACACACACAAACACAGCUGCCAGGUCUGAAAGUGCCGAAGCCAAAUCCAAGACUCCUGCAUCAUUAUCCCAGAAUGCUCAGCCAGUAACUAAAGCUCAUUCAGAACUGAGUGGACACUCACCGCCAGAGUCAGGUGUGAUCCUGGCUUUGGUUGCCGGGGUGAUCGUUAGCGCUCUGCUCCUGCUCAUGGUGGGCUGCAGGCUGCGUGUUCGACGUCACAGGAGGAAGAAAGCUUUGCCGCUAACCACAGAGGAGUCCGAUUACCUCAUCAACGGCAUGUACCUGUAGUGCAGCAUACACAUGUGUAGAUCAUCCACACACACACACACACACACACACACACACACACACACACACACACACACACACACACACACACACACACACACAC